AAGUUGCAGCAUGGAUCCACAGUCAAAAAUACUGCUCUGCUGGAUUUGCCUUCAAGUGAUCUUUGCCUCUGCUUUUUCGGAUGUGUGGAAGGCAGAAGUUGUCUCUCCAGUGGAGGCGCUGGUCUCAUCUUGUGUCGUGUUGCCCUGUAAAUUUAAUUACCCGGGCCCUCAACGUCCUGACUCUCGGCUGAAGGGAAUCUGGCACAAAUAUCCAAAGAAAAAUGAGCGCGACUAUGAUGAAGAUCCUUUCUCGAUUGAGGAUAACUUCAAGGGCCGCACAAAGCUAAUUGGCCGACUGAGUGAGAAAAACUGCUCGUUGGAGAUAGACAAAGUGAGAGACCACGACAACGGCCCGUUCUGUUUCAGAGUUGAAAUCACAAAUAUAGAGAAAUUUUCUUUUGUGGAGAAGUGUGUGACCAUCAAUAUGAAGCCCGAACCUGACAAACCAAAUCUGGAUCAUGAAGAAUCCUUCACAGAGGGAACACCUGCUGUCUUUAAGUGUUACGUCAGACACACCUGUCCCACACACCACCCAACUAUUGAAUGGAAUCGUCAAGAUGCUAAACCUCGUUUGUCCUAUAAGGACAAUGGCUUUGGAGUUUGGGAGGUGGAGUCCCUCCUGAUCGUCCCUGCCACCGAGAAGGAUGAUCACACUGACAUCACCUGCACUGUCACAUUCCACGGCAACAAGAAAUCUGCAGUCACUCACAAGAUAUACAUAAAACGUGAACAAAAUUUCAUUCACAUCAUUAUUCCUGUGGCCGCUGUGCUCGGAACCAUCACUGUAUUUGGAUUGGCAUGUUUCUUCGUGACCAAGAGAUACAAGGAACAGAUCCAAGAUCUUCAAUCUCGAAAUCCAAAUGUGUAA